UCCGGCUCUCCCCUCCACCGAGAAGAGAGAGAGAGAGAGGGAGUGACAGUGUCAGUGUGAGGCUGCGAGGAGCUGGGCAGGCAGCUGCUGCAGCAGCCACAGCCCCUGUCUCCUCCUCCUCCCUCCGCACAAGGAGGAGAGAGGCGCGACGCGGGCUUUGGGGGUUGGUCGCCGGAGUGUGUGUGAGUGCGCCGGCGGCUGUGGAGUAGAGCCAAGAACCCUCGCGCACGGUCACCGCAGCGGCCGGUGAUGCCGCCUGCUGCGUUCUUGGUGUGCGUUCUUGCCGCCGGGUGGGUCCUCGUGGCCGCCGCCGGCGCGGGGGAGGGGGAGGGGGCCGCAAUGCUGGAGCUGCGGCGAGCGCUGGCGCCGCCCGACUGGGGCGGCGCGGGCGCGGGGGAGGAGGGCAACCACUGCGCGUGGAGGGGCGUCACGUGCGCGGGUGGGGGCGGCGGCGGCGGCGGCGGCGCGGUCGUGGCGAUCGACCUCCCGCGGCGGGGGCUGAGGGGGGACUUCUCGGCGGUCGCCGGGCUGCGCGCGCUGGCGCGGCUCGACCUGUCGUUCAACGCGCUCCGGGGCGGCGUCCCCGGCGAGGCGCUCGGGGCGCUCGGACGCCUCGAGUUCCUCGACCUGUCGAUGAACAAGCUGUCCGGCCCCGUCCCGGCCUCCCUCGCCGGCGCCGUCGGGCUCAGGUUCGUCAACCUCUCCAACAACGCGCUCUCCGGCGCCAUCCCCGACGAGCUCAGGGCGCUCAGGGACAUCGAGGAGCUCCAGAUUUCCGGCAACAACCUCACCGGUGGCAUCCCCCGGUGGCUCGCCGGGCUCCCCGCCCUCCGCGUGCUGUCCGCCUACGAGAACGCCCUCUCCGGCCCGAUCCCCCCGGGGCUCGGCCUCUCCUCCAAGCUCCAAGUGCUCAACCUCCACUCCAAUGCCCUCGAGGGGAGCAUCCCGAGCAGCCUCUUCGAUAUCGGCAACCUCCAGGUCCUCAUCCUCACCGUGAACCGGCUCAACGGCACCAUCCCGGACAGCAUCGGCCGGUGCGCCGGCCUCUCCAACGUGCGCAUCGGCAAUAACCGCCUCGCCGGCGCCAUCCCGGCGUCCAUCGGCGACGCCACCAGCCUCACCUACUUCGAGGCCGACAGCAACGAGCUCACUGGAGGGAUCCCCCCGCAGUUCGCGCGCUGCGCCAAUCUGACGCUGCUCAAUUUGGCAUACAACCGCCUCGCCGGCGAGGUCCCCGACGUGCUCGGGGAGCUCAGGAACCUGCAGGAGCUCAUCGUCUCGAGCAACGGGCUCUCCGGCGAGUUCCCAAGGUCGAUACUGAGGUGCCGGAACCUGAGCAAGCUCGACUUGAGCUACAACGCGUUCCGCGGCGGCUUACCGGAGAGCAUCUGUAACGGGUCGAGGAUGCAGUUUCUUUUGCUUGAUCACAAUGAGUUCUCCGGUGGCAUUCCCGUCGGCAUCGGUGGCUGUGGCCGGCUGCUUGAGCUGCAACUUGGCAACAAUAAUCUUACUGGUGAGAUACCACCUGAAAUCGGCAGGGUCAAGAGUUUGCAGAUUGCUCUGAAUCUUAGCUUCAAUCAUCUUGUUGGACCACUGCCCCAUGAACUUGGGCGGCUCGAUAAGCUCGUUGCGCUGGACCUGUCAAGCAAUGAGAUAUCCGGCGAGAUACCAGGUGAUAUGAGAGGGAUGCUGAGCUUAAUUGAGGUCAAUUUAUCAAACAACCGGCUAACUGGCGCCAUCCCUGUGUUUGCACCAUUCCAGAAGAGUGCAGCAUCCAGCUUUUCUGGCAACAACAAGCUGUGUGGCGACCCGCUAGUUGUUGAUUGUGGGCCAAUUUAUGGAUCCAACUAUGGAAUGGACCACAGGAAGAUAUCUUACAGGGUGGCUUUGGCGGUUGUGGGGUCCUGCGUGCUCAUCUUCUCUAUCGUGUCACUGGUGGUGGCGUUGUUCAUGUGGCGCGAGAGGCAGGAGAAGGAGGCUGAAGCAAAGAUGGCCGAGGGGGGGGAAGUUGUAGUGGAAGCGCCGCAGGUCAUGACUUCAAACAUGUUUGUUGAGAGCCUGCAGCAAGCUAUCGACUUCCAGAGUUGUGUCAAGGCAACUUUCAAGGAUGCCAAUAUAGUGAGCAACGGGACAUUCAGCACAACCUACAAGGCCAUCAUGCCAUCUGGUAUGGUGGUCUGUGUCAAGAAGCUGAAGUCAGUUGAUCGUGCGGUUAUUCAUUACCAGACGAAGAUGAUUCGGGAGCUCGAGUGCCUUUCGCACAUCAACCACCCAAACCUUGUGCGCCCCAUUGGGUAUGUCAUCUAUGAGGAUGUUGCACUCUUGCUGCACCAUCACAUGCCGAAUGGAACCUUGCUUGAGCUGCUGCACAAUGUCGACAACCCUGAAAGUGACAACCAGAAGCCUGACUGGCCAAGGCUGUUGUCAAUUGCCAUUGAUGUCGCCGAAGGGUUGGCGUUCCUCCAUCAUGUCGCCACCAUUCACCUGGACAUCUCUUCGGGGAACGUAUUCCUUGACUCCCACUACAAUGCACUUCUUGGUGAAGUGGAAAUCUCCAAGCUUCUGGAUCCAUUGAAGGGCACUGCUAGCAUCAGUGCAGUUGCCGGCUCGUUUGGUUACAUACCUCCAGAGUAUGCCUACACCAUGCAAGUGACAGUGCCAGGCAAUGUGUACAGCUUUGGUGUUGUGCUGCUGGAGAUCCUAACGUCAAAGCUGCCAGUGGAUGAGGAGUUCGGGGAGGGUGUGGACCUUGUCAAGUGGGUGCACUCUGCCCCUGCAAGGGGCGAGACACCGGAGCAGAUCAUGGACCCGAAGCUGAGCACCGUAUCAUUCGCGUGGCGCAGACAGAUGCUCGCCGUGCUCAAGGUCGCGAUGCUCUGCACCGAACGUGCCCCGGCCAAGCGUCCCAAGAUGAAGAAGGUGGUGGAGAUGCUGCAAGAGGCCAAAAACAGCUGAGAAUCCUGGGGACAGCAUAAUCCUCUAGCUGAGAUGAGAUUGCCCCUUUCUGGGAUGAAACAAGAAGCGUAAACAACAAUUCCCUCCCGUGAAUUUUUCGCGAUCGAUUGAUCCUGGUAUAGAAGUCCAGUGAUGUCUUCUUCUUCAGUGUAUAUAACCUUCAUUUGGGUACCCCAGCCAAGCAGUGUAUGUGCUGCCAGAUGUUUGAGCCAUCAGUCUGAAUUCUGAAAGGCAUCAAGGAGUUGAGCCCAUGUCAUAGAUUUGAGCACAGUGACUGCUGUACUGGAGAAUGUUUUGGUAGUACAAGAUCUGGUUGGAACUUUAAAAUUUCAAGCAACCUGUUCUUGCAAUUCCAUGCUGAGUUUUGGUGAGGUGGUGUUGCUGCUUGUGCACCUAAGACCUAUUAUCAUCUUUUUUCACUCUCAUUUCUUCCUAGAUUAGGGUGGUCUCAUCUGCUGCUGUAAAGCUUCUUCUCACCAUCAAUGCCUGUGAAUUGAGUUCCUGGCCCAUUUGGCUGUGGCCCCUGAUGAUGAGUGAUCUACUGAUCUAUGUGUUUGUACGGCUUCUAAAUCCAAUGGUCCCUUUCGUGGCAGCUUGGACUGGAACUUUUGGACGAAACAAUGACGAAUGGCUGGCUGGCUGGCUGGGACAAGUUGCUGCAUGAUUGGGGGAAAAUCUGACAACAACCGCACUUGUGAAUGAAUUCACCUAUGUUUGACAGACAUUCCCACAUGCUGGCUAGCCAUUGAUAGCUCACUAAGGUGAUGAUCAGUAGCAAUCAGGUAGUAGCUUACCAAGGUCAUGAUCGGUAGCUGGUUCGAGGUGACGGCCGAGUCAUGAAAAAUAAUUUUUUGGAAGGGGGAAAAAUAGCUUAUCAAGACGAUGAUCAGUAGC